GGGGGAAUGAGCGGGAAUGUGGAAUGUUGUGUUUGUUGAACAGUGCAACAAAUAAUGUGAAAUAAUUUUGGGAAUUAUUUUAUCAAGUGAAUGAGGUUAGAAAAACAGUUUUGAUGAGGAAUCCUUGAUACAAUUGAAGGAUUUUUAGUUGGAAUAUCAUUAUGGCAGACGAUAAGGCGAUUAAAAAUGUGCAGAGCACAUUCUCAAUGUAUGGAUUCAUCGUCACGAGGAACGUCGCAACGUUCGUAGUAAAACAGCUGCUGAGCGUUGUCCCGGACGAGCGAGAGCUCUGGCUGACAAAGAUAACAGACCAGAUCCUGACCCUCGACCUCAGGGACCCCCACAUCUCCCUGGAGCACGUGAAGCAGGCGAUAAAGGAGUGCGUGAGGCCCGAAGAGAUCCUGGACGAGUCCGAGACUAUCUUCAACGUCAUCAGCUUCGAGGACAUCCCUAAGGUCGUCUACGACAUCUCCAUGAAGAAGUUUGUCCUUCAGAAGGUGGCGCGGGACUACUUCCCCGAGCCCAUGCACAAGCCCAACGUCUUCAGGGACAGGCUGAGCCUGCUGAGGCAGAGGACCAUGCGCCAGGAGCCCUUCGCCCCCAGGAAAUUCGGGGAGAAGAAUAAGGAGAAGAAGGAACUCGUUCCUGUCGAAUUCCUGUUGACUGACUCCAGGCAGGGAAAUCUCUACGUCAUGGGGAUUCUGUCGCAACUCGUGGACGGCCAGUACUUCCUGGAGGACACUGGAGGGGCUGUCAAGAUCGACCUGACGAAGGCAGUCUUCGACGAAGGUUUGAUAACAGAGGGCUGCAUAGUGAUAGCCCAUGGCUACUACGAGGACGGCGUCCUGGAGGUCAAGAGGAUCCACCUGCCCCCGACUGAGCCCUCGGCGGACUUGAGGGCCUCCUUCGGCACUGAGAACACCUUCGGAGGGCCCCAUAAGACCUCUCUCAAGUGCUCCGAGAAGCUCCAGAGGCACCAGGAAGCCCACCACACAGACAUGAUCGUCAUAAUCUCGGAACUGUGGCUGGACAACGCAGAGGUCCUCGAAAAAUUCAGGGUCAUCCUCGAGGGCUACUCAGACGAUCCCCCCAUUGCCUUCAUCAUCUGCGGGCACUUCCUCUCGUGCCCUCCGAACGUCUCCAGUGGGAAAAAGCUGCAGGAGGGCUUCAGACAUCUGGCAGAACUCAUCGAGAGCUAUGAGGAGAUAAAAAACACGUCGAAAUUUGUUUUUGUUCCUGGACCCCAGGACCUGGGGGCCGCCAAAAUCCUUCCACGAGGUCCUCUCCCCAGGAAAAUCCUGGAGGACUUCAGGAGGAAGGUCCCUGCGGCUGUUCUGGCUGGGAACCCCUGCAGGAUUCAGUACUGCACGAAGGAAAUUGUGGUUUUCAGGGAGGACAUGAUCGCCAAAAUGUGCAGAAACACUCUGAAGUAUCCGGAGCAGGGGAAUUUCUACGAUCACUACGCGAAAACGAUGAUUUCUCAGUCCCACCUGGCCCCGAUGAGUCUCCCAGUGGUUCCAGUAUACUGGAGGCACGACCAUGCACUCCAGCUGUUUCCAACACCCGACCUGAUCAUCGUAGCUGAUCAUUCCCAACAAUACACCACAAAAGUCGAUGACUGUCAAGUACUGAAUCCGGGGACAUUCCCCAGGAAUAAUUUCUCGUUCAAAGUGUACAGACCAGGGACCGAUGAAGUCGAAGACUGCGAGCUUCCGAAUGAUACCGAAGAUAUGUGAACUAAUCCAUUCGGCAAUAAUCGAUGAUUAUUUUUAUACUAAAGUGAUUAAACACUGAAUCAAUAAUGAACUGUUUCUUGAUUAUCCAUUUAUCUCGUUAAUUAGCGAGUUUAUGAAAAAUUCUCAGAAAAACUUUUUUGUCGGAAAUUGAAUUCUCUACAAAAAAUGUUCUUUGAAAUUUCCACCUAAAUUCACUAAUUACGGAGAUAAUUACCCAAAAGUGAAAUAAAAAAAGUGUAAGUAA